AUGAAUGACACGGUAACUAUCCAGACAAGGAAAUUCAUGAUCAACCGACUCCUUCAGUGGAAACAAAUGGUCAUUGAUGUCCUUCACCCCAGGAAGGCAACAGUACCUAAGACAGAAAUUCAGGAAAAAUUUGCGAAAAUGUGUAAGACAACAUCAGAUGUUAUCUUUGUGUUUGGAUUCAGAACCCAUUUUGGUGGUGGCAAGAUUUAUGAUUCCUUGUAUUAUGCAAAGAAAAAUGAGCCCAAACACAGACUUGCAAGACAUGGCCCGUAUGAGAAGAAGAAAACCUCAAGAAAACAGCACAAGGAAGGCAAAAACAGAAUGAAGAAAGUCAGGGGGACUGCAAAGGUCAAUGUUGGUGCUGGCAAAAAGAAGGAAUAA